AUGGCCGAGACGCACACCGAAGGAAACGGACGAAAUCGAUGUGGCACAUCUUACAAUGAGGAGAGGGACAACGAAACGAGCAGUUGCAAGCAUGGUGAGAAUAGAGCUACUGGUUCUUCUCCAGAAGCUCAGAAGCUCAGGGCAGCCAUCCAUGGUUGGAAUAUUACUGGGCGGAGAUGGCUUGACUGCUUCUUCAGCGAUAAUGAAGCAACUGAGCUUUCCACGGAAAGCGACUACUGGAAUGGCAUCAGUGCUGCUUUUUCAGCGAGAAUAGGACGACCAAGCAAGAUAAUACACAAUGCUAUGGGCAAGACGGAUGACCAUCAGGUUGGUGAAGGCUUCACUGCCUCUUCUUCAAUGAGCGCUGGAUGCCCAAGAGGAGAGAAGAAGACAACUACGGCUUGA